AUGGUGGCCGGAAGCUUCACGCAGGAUAUAGAGUCUCCCAUCGCUCCGGCCAGGCUAUGGAAGGCCGGCAUCCUCGACGCCGAUGUCCUCUUCCCCAAGCUCCUGCCGGAGGUCAUCGCCAGCAUCGACAUCAUCGAGGGCGACGGCGGCGUCGGCACCAUCAAGCAGUGCAACUUCACCCCAGGUUUGAUUCAUCGUCUCCCUCUCUCUCUUGAUUCAUCGUCUCCUUCCUUCCAUCUAUCUUUCCACCGGCGAUCGCCGGAGCGAGGACUGACGGCGGCGGGUGGAAUCGUUGCAGCGGUGCCGGACCAGAAGUUCGUGAAGGACCGUACCGAUGUGCUGGACGGGGAGAACUUCGUCUUCAAGUACACGGUAGUUGAUGGGGGGUUUCUGGGAUCGAGGAUCAGCUCCUACUCCUUUGAAUUAUCCUUCACCGUCUCCGGCGCCGGCUCCAAGGGGAAGCUGACGCUCAGCUACGAGACCGCCGACGAGACGCCGCUGUCGGAGGAGGAGGUGGGGAAGAUCAUCUUCGGCUCCGACGCCAUGAUAAAGGCGCUCGAGGGAUAUCUCCUCGCCAAUCCGGAUGCCUACGUCUAA